AUGAGUGCUGGAGGUCCCGUUCCUGUCUGGAAGAAAUACACCACCGGGUCGAAGGGCAUCUGGGAGGUGAUCCGGUCGAUGCUGGUGCUGGUGCCUAACCGGUCGUCCGGGAACCCGUACGUCCCGUACUACCGUGUCCCGUCGCCGUCGUCAAACAAGCAGGUCUACAAGGACCCGCGCACCGUUCCGGCCGGAGACAUCGUCCAGAACGACUACUUCAGGAGAGACAAGCGCAGAGCGUAUCCGCGGGCGUCUGUGUUCACGCAGCCGCAGAUCGGCGCGCUGUUGCAGAUCGGCAACGCCAAGCGGAGCCGGCUGCCAAAGGGCGAGGAGGGCGUGAAGCAGCUGGCGCUCGCGUCCAGCGGCCAGGUGGACCUGCCGCAGGUGCUGCGAAGCGCCGACAGCGCGGUUCUGAACGGCGAGCUGCUGGGCCCGCGCGGGGAGCCGGUAGUGGCUCCGAACCUCAACAAGAAGCUCAGCAUGGAGAUUCUGGAGGAGCCCGAGCACGGCAUGUACACGGACGAGUAUCCUGUGCGGAUGUUCAAGCUCGGCAGAGACGCUGAAGCCGCUGGACCUGGACCUGAUGAUCGCGAUCGGCGGCGGCGGGUUCAUCCCGGCGCGGAUCCUGCGCACGUUUCUCAAGCAGCAGAACCGGCCGAAUCUGCGGAUAUUCGCCAUUGUGCUGUCGCUGUACGAGGACCUGAACACGGUGUCGACGCAGGAGGAGCAGGCGGGCGCGGAGGUCAAGCGGAUCCAGUGGAUCAACUACCAGGAGAGCGGCGUCGACCUGUGCAACAAGAAGAUCCUGAUCGUCGACGAGGUCGACGACACGCGCACCACGUUGCACUACGCGCUGCGGGAGCUGCAGAAAGACGCCGCGCAGCAGGCGCGCGCAAAGGGUCUGGCGGACCCGAACACGCAGUUCUUCGUGUUUGUGCUGCACAACAAGGACAAGCCAAAGAGAGCACAGCUGCCGGCGGAGCUGAUGCGCAGCAACUACGUGGCGGGCGAGCAGUUCCCGGACUGCUGGAUCGCGUAUCCGUGGGAGAGCACCGACAUCGUGCACCACCAGCAGAUGGCCUCGCAGCAGGGCUACGACAUAUAGCUGGACAGAUUAGAGUUUGUAGAACUUGCAAGAGAAGGUGCAGCGGACGGCGCUUCUGA